CCAGCCUGCGCUUUACAGGAUUUGCUCAUGAAUUAAUUACACCCUCCCUUCAUCCACACUGUAAGGUACCUCCAACUGGGCUAGAGAAUGGCCCCUUCUUUCCAAGAGCCGCUCAAUGAGGCGCUCGAGGCACCUUUGAAGAACAAACCAGAUUUGGUGGCCCCGGAACCUGAACACUGCCCAGGUCCUGAAUCCGAACAAGCCGGACAAGGCGACGCCUGCAAUGGCUGCCCAAAUCAAGCCAUCUGCGCCUCUGCGCCAAAAGGUCCUGAUCCCGACAUUCCACUCAUCACCGAACGCCUGGCUGAAAUAAGACACAAGAUUUUGGUCUUAUCAGGAAAAGGAGGAGUGGGCAAGUCGACAUUUUCGUCCCUCUUAUCACAUGCGUUUGCCGCGAACCCCGAUUCAACUGUAGGAAUCAUGGACACCGAUAUCUGCGGACCCUCUAUACCAAAGAUGAUGGGCGUUGAGAGUGAAACAAUACAUGUGAGCAAUGCUGGUUGGAGUCCGGUCUGGGUAACGGAUAAUUUGGGCGUGAUGAGCGUCCAAUUCAUGCUACCGAACCGAGAUGAUGCGGUCAUAUGGCGUGGCCCGAAGAAAAAUGGAUUGAUCAAGCAAUUUUUGAAGGACGUCGAAUGGGGCGAGCUGGAUUACCUGAUCGUGGACACCCCUCCGGGCACCUCAGACGAGCAUCUGUCUGUGAAUUCAUUUUUGAAGGAAUCGGGCGUGGACGGAGCCGUGGUUGUUACCACUCCACAGGAAGUUUCAUUGUUGGACGUGAGAAAAGAGAUCGACUUCUGCCGGAAAGCAGGCAUUCGUGUUCUGGGAUUGGUCGAGAACAUGUCUGGCUUCGUUUGUCCCAAAUGUACCCACGAGUCUCAGAUAUUCCGAGCAACAACGGGAGGAGGCCAGAAACUGUGUCAGGAUAUGGGCAUUCCUUUCCUUGGAUCAGUGCCUCUUGAUCCUCGAAUAGGCAUGGCCUGCGACCUUGGAGAAAGCUUCAUGGACAGUUAUCCGGAUAGCCCGGCCUGUAAAGCAUUGCGACAGGUUGUGAGGUCGGUCGGCAAACUGAUUGGAGAGGAUCCCGACGAAGUUCUACCAGACGGGCCGAUAUGAGACAGGAAAUGGCUUUUACGUUCCCGAUUUCCCUCUACUGCAACUUCAUCUACUCGUGCCACGAGCACCAGAUCGCAUACCUGCCUCUAACACAGGUUCGACAUCACCGAAACCCUCCCCGUGUCCUCGUGCAGCGCGACGAAGAAGGCACUUCUGCUCUUACAUAUGGGGCCAUGCUGCCACCAGCCGCAGUUGCGUGAGGCGAAAGUUAUACGCAUGGAAGAUCCAUACGUGGAGGGCAUCACUCCGAGUACGACGACGUGGACGAAUUAUCCCGGCGCCUUGCUGUCGUCCAGCGUGGCACAGCUAUCACGCGCCUUUUUGGAUAGAUAUGGGGCAACAUCAGUCGAGCGACAUCCAACCCUCCAGAUGAGACUUGGAGCCCGAGGUAUUGCGCGAGGCAGGAGGUGUCUAUUCCUGAAAACUGGAGGGUCAAUGACGAGGCCGCGUAGACUGCGGGCCAAGGUUCAUAGCACAAACAGCAGGUUCUGUCGAGGAAAAGUCCCAGUAGCAUGUUAUCUGAGACGGCCCACGGGGACAUGGGUAGCACGGCGGCUGAAGGUCAGUGAUGACAAGACUCGAUAGCUUCUAUGGCGACCUCCGGAUGCGAUGCCGGGGAGCACUUUCUUUGCAGGGAAAAGACGAGUCGAGGUGAUGCCAAGGCCCAGGAUGGCAGGUGACAUGCUGAAGGUGGCCUCGGUGGAGGUGGAUUGUCACUCUCGAAACUUCACUUCUCCUGCAUGUUUCAUCUUCUCAAACUCGCCCCUUUUUUCCCUUCUUCACAAUCCUCACCGAAUCGAUCAGAAUCUGAUGCGUC